AUGAAGGUGGUGGGAGAACAGGUGGGUGCUGGCCAAGCUGUCAUCCCUGGAGAUCCCCUUCACAGCCCCGCUCCCGCCCACCCUGGUGAAGGACACCCUUCAUUCACCCCCGGUGGUGAAAAGUCCAGCCUCCUCUCCAGGAGGAGAGGGUUCCAGAACCGGUUCACCCCCGGUGUGAAGGAGAGGUAUCUAGCUGGUCCAGGUGCAGUGAUGUCAGAGCAGCAGGUCGUCACACGGUCGGCCAAUUGGAGCGAGCCAUCGUCACACCUGGACGGAGGGGCGGGGCUUUAUGAGCAGGGCGGGGCCAAUCAGGUGAGCGCGUACUGUAAAGGGCUGCUGAUGAGAGGACGAGAGGAGCUCAGCUUCGAAGAGCUGAGAACCGAAAGACUCAACCUACGCCAACAACAGCAGCUGGACGAGAAGCUCAGACAGCUGACGGAGGUGAAGGAGCAGCUGAGUGAAGAGCUGGAGUACAAGAAGAGACUUCUACUGCUGAAGAAGAGCCAACAGGCGGUUCCUGAAGCUCAGAUCAGGGACUCUGCUGGACCUCCAGCUGCCUCCUCCUUCCAGAUAUAUGAUGAGUCCCAGUCUGCUGCUGCACGGCCUGCUGGAAACUCUGAAACGUCUCAAAACGAGCUGGUGGACGACGUCUUCCUCGGUCCUGACGAGAGAGGACUGUGUCUGCGUGUCACCUGUCCACCACCAGGUGGAGUCGUCGUCUCUGAACUCUCUCAGAUCAUCAUGGGGGCCGCUGAAGACCUCCAGACUCUGGUGGAGUCCUGCCCGCCCAACGUCUCCCAGAAACCAGCAACUAAAACCAGAGACAAGCUGAGUCCCAUACAGGAGACCAGUGUGGAGGCCAACCCUCUGUCAGCCGGAGAAUGUAGUCCACUACAGGAGGACCAGGAGAACCUGCAGAACCAGGAGGACCAGGAGAACCAGGCUCUAUCACCUGUUGUGGAUCCAUGUGACCCAGAUGUGCGGUGGCGGCUGCUGGACCUCUGUGAUGUCACUUCCUCUCCAGACUUGUGCUCAGAGUCCCGCCCACUUCCUGUGGUUGAGGAGCACAGCUGUCUGCAGCUAGGGGGCGACGUGAUCCACAUCUACUCCAGAGUCCUGGAGGGACCAGGUUUCUCCGUCUUCAAAGGAGCCACAGAGGACGGCUACGUGGUCCUCAAGGUGGACGGCUGCUCGGCCCCCUGGGACUUCCAUCAGUCUCUGCGUCUGAAGAACUCGUCCACCGCCGCCGGGUUUCCUCUGAUCAGCUGUUUCCUGUUCCUGGACGGCUGCAUCACCGUGUACACCACGCCGCCGGGUCACAUGUUCACUGAGCUCACAGAGUGUGUCCCCAGCGAGGCCUCCGUUGGUUAUAAAGCAGUCGCCCUGGUAACGAUGGUGUCUCAGCUUCACUCCUGCAGACUGCUGCAUGCGGCACUGCAGCCUCACCUCCUCACCUGUUGUCACAGAGGUCUCCUGAUCCCUGACUGGGUCUUCCCGGUGGACUGGUCCUCCUCGGUGGACCUGGACCUCCAGCGGGACGUCACGUCGGUCCAGCAGGUCCCCUCAGCUCAGGACUACAUCGGUCUGGGUCUCCUGGAGCCGACCGCCCCCCCACAGCUGGUGGACCUGGUGGGACUGGCUGAAACUGUGCACCUCCUGCUGACCAACAGCAAGAUGGUCCUGAAGAAAGAGGGCGGAGUCUGGAGGGCAGAGCAGUUCAGUGGAGAGGAACCGUGCGACAUGUUCUCCAGGAUGUGGAGGAGGUUCUUCUGCUCGCUGCUGAACGCCGAAGGUCGCUCGUCGUCGUCCAUCCUGUCGGAGCUGAAGGAUCAGCUGACGACUCUUUACUGCUGAACCCUAUAUAUAUAUAUAUAUAUAUAUAUAUAUA